AUGGGAGACAAAGACAACAGAGGGAUGGGAUCGACACCGACUAAGGCGAUUGUAGAAGGCACAGAUCCUUAUUCCCUGCAUCAUUCGGACCAUCCAGGUAUGGUACUUGUGUCCAAAGUACUUGAAGAAGACAACUACGGCACGUGGAGUCGGGCUAUGCGAAUCAGUUUAAGUGCCAAGAACAAGAUUGGAUUCAUCACAGGUUCAAUCAAACCGCCUUCUUCUACAGAUGAUAGCUUUCCUUCCUGGCAGAGAUGCAAUGACAUGAUUAGGACAGCGAGACAACUCAAAGGCAGAGGAUGCCCACACACUGCUCUUACUGUGAUGGAGAUAAUCAUAGCAUUGAAAGGUGCUUUUACCUACAUGGCUUUCCAGUAG